CGAGUGUACGACCGUAAUGAGUUUGUUAAAUCAAUUAGAUAAUCUAAAUCUGAAUAAUGAUAAUUUACUACAAAAUAAUAAUAACUGGCUUAAUACGCUAAAUAACCAAAAUACUUUCAUAAACGGUGAAGAAAUUAUCCCAAACGCAGUCGUUAUCAAAAAUAUUCCUUUCAGUCUACCAAAGGACCAGUUGCUUAAUAUUAUACACGAUUUAAAUAUCCCAACUCCUUACGCUUUCAAUUAUCAUUAUGACACUUCAAAUCCAACUUCAGAUCCUGCUUUUAGAGGUCUCGCUUUUGCAAACUUUAGGACUUCACAUGACGCUUCUGCUAUCGUCGCAGCUCUUAACGGUUUUGAUGUUUUGGGAAGAAAGCUCAGGGUUGAGUACAAGAAAGUGCUGCACCCAGAGGAUAAGGAGCGAAUUGAAAGGGAAAAAGCUCUUAGAAGGAUGGCUAGCUUGGGUAUCAACAAUAACAAUACUUCUACUGCCUCACCUUUUCAAUCGUCGGAUAAUUUCACUGAUAGUCCUAACUUAUACGAUUCUGUUUUAUCAGAUAGGGAUUCUCAAGCCAGUCCUCCAACAAUGCGUCAUGCCGAGCUUGAUUUGAAUGAUCCUUCAACGCUUGAAAUUUAUUCGCGUAUUCUUGUCUUUAAAGAGGAUAGAAUGAGAGAUGACUUGGCUUUCAGUAAAAACUUAACUAUCUCACAAAGGAGAAUUGUUCAUUUGGUGGCCCAACGUCUCUCUGUUUACCAUUAUUCUAUCGGUCAAGCUGAAGAAAGGUUUGUUGUCGUUUCAAGAAAUCCUCCAAAUGAUGGCUCGAAUCCAUCACGCAAUGAUCCUAUUCGUACAUUGAAACAUUCUUCAUCAACUAUUGGAAGAUCUGGUAGACCUGACCUUGUUAGUAAUACUUCUUUUCUCAGUCCUGCUUCAACGGGUAUUGGUAUGCAAAUACCUCCAGGCUUACGUACUAAAAAGUCUAUGCCUGAUAUGAAAAGGUUAAAUACUACUACGAACUCUUUUAAUACAGCACCUGGAUUAACUACCAGAGCAUCUAAUAGUAAUUUGAAAGAAGCUUAUUCAACAGUAAGAUCUACAACGGAUUUACAACAUUUUGCACCUCCAAUGUUAUCUGGAAGACGCUCAGCUACUCUUGGUCCAGGUCCACCUGGUACAGGCGGUUUUGCCUCAUUAUUCUCGCCAUCGCCAUCUAGCGUAAAUUCACCACGUACCUUCUCAGAAGCUGGUUCGUUUCAUCCUUCGACAUUACCAUUUCCUUUAGAUUUGUCUGCGACUAGAAAUGGUUCUGCAACACCGUCUGAACAAUCUUUAACAACUUCUCCAGCUCAAUUAAAUGCUCAACUUACUUCACCACCAAUUAGACAACCACGAGGUCCUCAGACGGCUGCGUCACAAGGUUUCAGUCAACCUUCAUCUCGUGGUAUUAGUUCUCCAGCUUUAUCGCCUCAACCAAGUCCUAGAUUAAAUCAACAGUUACCAAUAGCAUCACAUCUUAAGAAUCCUAAUGGAAUAUCUUCUGCAGCACCAAAUUCACAAACUUUCACGGAACGCACAAGUGAAAUAAUGCAUUUCAACGAUGAGUAAAAUGAUGAAUAAAAUGAUUUUUACGAUUAAAUGAAGUAGUAAUUCGUCUAAAAGCCACGUGUACGUGAAUGACCUGAAUAAAAUGUAAACCUAAAUAGUAUUAUAAAGAUAUUAAUUUCUCCUGAUGAUAAUUUACUGUGCAAAUCCAUAACAAAACCUCUAAUAAAAUCGCAUCAGUGUCGUAAUGAGUGAAAUCCCCACUAUCCUGUUAGAGGGCGCGUUGUACAUUCCAGUAUGAAGAAAGUGAUGUGACCACCCAUGUAACGAUUGUUUACUUAAGGAGAAGUUGAUUCACUUAAUGUAAGACUUUAUUAAAGAAGUACGUCUGAGCUUGAUACAAAAAAGUUGUUACGAGCAGUUCAUCUGAUGGCCGUUAAAGUUGACAUCU